CUGACAGCUCUGAAACUGACUGAUUGACAGUCUGUCUGUAUUUGCUUUUCUGCUAUCAGAAACCCUGAUGAUGUUCUGCUGUGGAGUUUGGUCCCACUGGGAUUUAACCAAACACGAAAUUUUCCAGAUGAUUUAAGGGCUCAGACUGCAGACUGAUGAGUUUAUGCACACUGAAAGGGGGGAGAAAAGCUUGGUGUGUCGGAGAGGUGGUGUCGUGUUUCUUUAAAAGCACUCCAGAGCUGUGGCGAGUUUCCUCAGGGCAGGAGGGCUUUUCUUUGUGUUGACUGGGAGGCAUUUGCAUAUGACCCUCCUCCUCCUCCCUUUGGAUUGGCUGGGGCUCCGCUAGCAUGUGGAAACCCACUUCCAAACUCUGUCAGUCGGAGCAAAACUUUCCUGAGUGGAAGAGGAUGAAGUGAGAGGCUGGACGCCAGCAGCUGUAUGAGUGAGUAGGCAGAGAGAGGCCAGUCGAACAAAGAGACCAUGAUAUCUUAAUUAUAGUUUCUGUCGCUGUCUCCUGACCUGGCUGGAAGUUUAUUUUUUAAAAUUUUGUUUACAAAACCACCAGUUUUUAUCAUUAAUUUGGCUGUGGUUGUACAAAUUGUAGAUUAUUUGGGAGAAAAAUAGUAUUUGAUCAUCUUUUUAUAUGAUGUUUGUUACAGUAUUUUUGACUUCUGUUCAAGAAGAAGGCAAUUUUAAAGUCAUUUUUAAGUCUUAAGAAUAAACAUUUUUUUGUCUUUUUAGUGAUUUUCAAAAAUGUCUGUUUAGCUAUUAGACAGGAGAUCAUUACUCCUUCACAUCAUUAUGCUGCUGGCGCUGCUUCUGGUUCUGAGUCUUUGCUCUGACGCUCGCUCCUCUGAGCCAUCAUCAAUAACUAUCCAGUACCGGGUUUGGGAGGAGCAGCCUGCAGGAACCCGGGUCGGCCGUCUGGUGGACGACCUCCGGCAGAGGGACGAAGGCGGCCCUUUUGAGGACUUCCAGGUGGUGGAGCAUGAAAAAGCCCUUCCCUUCUCUGUCAGCACUCGAGACGGGGUCGUCUCCACCCAAGGCCGGCUGGACAGGGAGGAGCUGUGCCGGGGGUCGGACCUGUGCGAGCUGGCCUUCAGUGUCCUAUACAGGAAAAGUGGUGCUGUGAACUGCCUGCGGGUUCGUGUGGAGGUGAUGGACCAGAAUGACCACAGCCCCACCUUCCCCAGCACAGUGCAGGAAGUGGAGAUCUCAGAGACAGCUGGCCUCAGGAUGAGAAUCCCUUUGGACCGGGCAGUUGAUCCUGACGCGGGACCUAAUGGCCUCCAGACCUACUCGCUGUCCGUCAACCAGCACUUUGCUCUGGAUGUGACAGUCGCUCCAGGUGGAACAAAACAGGCAGAGCUGGUGGUGAUCAAAGAACUGGACAGGGAGGUUCAGGCCUCAAUUGACCUGACCCUGGUAGCAUGGGAUAAAGGGAACCCCCCCAGGUCUGGGAGCACAUUAGUCCAUGUGAAUAUUCAAGACUCAAAUGACAACAGCCCUACAUUUGAGGACAGCACCCCAACUGUUGAGCUACCUGAGGAUACAGCACGUGGGACAACCAUCAUCAACCUCAAGGCCACUGACCCAGACCAGGGUGCCAACGGGGAAGUGGAGUAUUCGCUCAGUAAGCACACACGUCCAGAGGUACAGAGACUCUUCUUUGUAGAUCCAUUAACUGGAGCUGUGAGUCUCAGAGCACCUCUAGACUACGAGGUCCAGCCCUCUUAUGAAGUAGUCAUACAGGCCCGUGAUCGGGGGCCCAAUGCGAUCCCCACACACUGCAAACUGCACGUCAAGCUUAGUGAUGUAAACGAUAAUGCACCAAGAAUACACAUGACCUGGACUCCACCCAACUCACCUGUGGCGACAGUGCUGGAAGGAGCACAAGAAGACACCUUCCUUGCUCUGGUGAUGGUCUCUGAUGCAGAUUCGGGAGACAAUGGCAAAGUGAGUGCACAAAUUCAGCAAGGAUCAGGCCCUUUCCGCCUUAAACGUAUCCAUGGUGACAACUACAUGAUUGUUACCAAUGGCCGCCUGGAUCGAGAGAAGGUAAUGCAGUAUAACAUCACACUCCUUGCCCAGGAUUAUGGAGAUCCCCCACUGUCUUGCGUUAAACACCUGCCCGUCCACGUUCUGGAUGAGAAUGACAACGCCCCCGUGUUCUCCACCUCCCUCUAUAAGGCAUCCUUUAAGGAGAACAACGAGGCAGGCUACCGUGCUCUGAAAGUUGAAGCCCACGAUGUUGACCUGGAGCUCAGUGGAAGAGUGUCCUACUUCAUACGUGACUUUCAUGAAGUGGAAACCAACACAGAAUCUUUCUCCAUCCACCCCACCAGUGGUGUCAUCAGUGCCCAGCGUCCCCUAGACUAUGAAGAAACCCACACCUACUCUUUCAUUGUGGAGGCCAUUGACCAGGGUCAUCCGCCUCUCACCAGCACAGCCACUGUGCAAAUCGACAUUGAAGAUGUGAAUGACAACUAUCCGGUCAUCAAGGAGCCAAAACCCAGAAAGGGUGUGGCUUCUCUAAGUGUACCUGUCAAUGCAGACAAAGGAGAGAUUGUGACUGAGCUGGGGAAUGUCAUGGAAGAGGGAUCCACCUCUUCACCAAUCAAUAACCCAAUCAGAGAGGGACUUGUUGGAUUCCUCGCAUCCACCAUAAAGGCCGAAGAUGCAGACUCAGGGCUGAGUGGACAACUCAGCUACUUCAUCACUGAUGGAAACCCGUAUGGAUUGUUCUGGUUGGACCAGACUACAGGCCAGCUGUUUGUUAACACCACCAAUGCUACUGAGCUCAUUGGGAAAAUCUUUACGGUAAACAUUGCUGUGUCUGACAUGGGCAGUCCCAGCUUGGUCACCAAGGCGACUCUGGAGGUUACUUUCAUUAAUCUGAAAGACCACCUGAAGAACUCAUCACCGGGUAACCGUGGACAGCUCAGCUUCACCAUGAUGAUGGCCAUCUGCCUGGGUACCACCUGCCUGCUGCUUCUGUUGGCUGUCGCUUUGGUGACAACGUUCUGCCGCCCAGAGAAACGGGACAACCGGGCUUACAACUGCAGGCAGGCCGAAUCGACCUACACUCGUCACCCACGGCGCCCACAGAAAAACAUCAGGAAGUCAGACAUCCAGUUAAUUCCUGUCAUCAGAGGGCGGAAGGAGGAGCCUCCUGAAGAUGAUAGUGAAGCUCAGCCACUGGCUACAUCUCCGAUGGCAGAGGAUCAACAGACUGAGAGACAGUACACUUUAACACCAUCAGUCAUGAACACAAGCUUCCAUUCCCAAGGCUACACAGAAGGGGACACCACUCAACCUGUCACCCACCACAGCAGGACUCUUCGAAAACCUGGAAACAUUGAACUUGAUGGACCUCUGACUCCUGCCACGUCGUACCGGACUCUUCGGAAAGCCAGAAAUGUUUCAUCAUCCUCUUCAGUCUCACAUUCGAGCACCUUGAAGACUCAAACUUGUGCUGAAGGGGAAGAGGAGGAACUGCUGUGUUCAGCAUCCCAGGCGACUCUCAGGAGGCCGAAGACCUCGGAGGGACGAGGGGGCCACGAUGCAGAACAUCGACAGAUGCUUCGAAACCUGGUUCGACUGUCCAUGGCUGCAUUUGGAGACUCCAUUGAGCUUUCCUCUGCUUCUCCAGAAGUGCAGAUCUCCCAGCUCCUGUCUCUCCUCCGGCAGGGUCAGCUGCAGCCGAGGCCCAACUUCAGAGGGAACAAAUAUUCACAUCGCAACGGCAGUUGGUGUCAGAGCAGACUGAAGUGUGGCCUGCUCAUCCUGUGCAGGUAUGGAGGUCAGGACUGCGCCGACUGGCAGAGCACCAAGGACAGCGGACACGGUGAGAGCGAGGCUGGAGACGUGGACUGGGAACCUGGACGGGACUCACCCAUCGACCCACAGCUGGAGGAGGGGCUCAGCAGCCUGCUCAACAAUACAGACGAUGUCUUCUCAGAGGUCAGCGAUCCGGCCUGGAUGGCCAGACUCUCCCUCCCGCUCGCUGCUGAUUACCACGACAACGUUUUUGUCCCCAACGGGCCUCCGUCCCCUGAAAGUGAGCUCCUCCCCCGGGACGGCCUGGACUCCUCGUCCUUCUCCACAUUCGGUAAAACUCCGGAGAAGGACGGCCCACUGGGCGGGGCUCUCCUGUCUGAGGUCAGCACGCUCUUUGAGAUGCUGAUGACGCAGAAGGCCGACGCCCAUCCCGGCCCGCGGCCCGACGUCCUGUACCGGCUGUCUGCGGCGUACCGGCGCUCGCUCGGACUGGACGGCCCCGCCACCGCAGGCAGCGCACCAAGGAACUCUGGCAACACUGAGAGGGGGUCGGGCCUGGCUCCGCCCUCGGGACUUUGUCAAUGAGUCCGUUAACUGAACACUGGAAAAGAGUGUGAGAUCAGGAAGUUACACAAAAUGUUUCUGUGUUGUUGUGUAAGUUGGGAUUUUGGAGGCAUUAGGUGAUAAAAUACUGUAAAUAACGCCGUGAUAGAUUGUUGAUGUGAAUAUAAACGACGUGUAAGAACAGAUUAAGAGGACUGAAGGUCUGAAGACACAUUCAGAGUGAAGCUAGUCUUUGUCUCAUUUUAUUAACAUGAAUCUGACUGCUGGGGGUCUUUUGUGGCCCCCCCAACGACCGCCUGGUCUUCACCUGCUCCAGUGGAUGCGUCUGUUCAGGUUCAUCGGGUGCGGAGGAAAGACAGGGAGGCUAAAAGGGAAAGUGGAAGGAGGACUGGGACAAUCUUAGUCUCAGAAUGUUCACUGAGGUGACAAGUGAGAUGAAGGAAAACAGGAAGUGAAAUGAAUGGUAGAAAUGAGGAUUAAUGGUGAGUGUGAAAGCUCAAAGGCGACUGGUUUAUGUCUCACGGUGAAGCAGUCAGUCUCAGAAAGCAGUGAAUCUGGUUUGGAUGGACGAACUGUGUGUCGGGGCGUCAUAAACCUGUUUGUAGGUUCUGUUCUUGGCCUGCAGAGAGCGAGCCGGCGGCUGGGAGGAAAUGUCUCUUUGUCUUUUUGUCUUUCCUCAAGACUAAACAGAAAGGAGCUGAAUGGAGGGAAGACAAAGUGUUUGUUGACAGUAGAGCAGCUCAGUGCGGACCCCCCGUUCACCAGCCCUCAAACAUCCCCUCUUUAAGGCUUUUUUGGGAUCUUUGUGGAGGAUGAACCGAUGAAUUGGUUUAACUUCAAUCCAAAACUGUCGUAUCUGUAGCCUUUUUUCAAUUUGCCAACCAGAGCAACAGCACUUUGUACAUAGUAUUUUUUAUAUUUUGUAAAAGUUUUUGUACCAAGAAAGCAUUUUCACUGAGUUAGUUUUGGAAGUUUUUCAAUAAAGUUUGUAUCAUGUUUAAA